UUUGCAACUUCCCCCUGUCUAUAUAUGAUGCACUUACAUCACUUGUGUCUUGUCACUUGUAGCACUUGUUUCCAACAUUUUGGCAAGCAAAGAAAUUAAGAUGAGUAGUUUUUGUGUAGAAAGUGCAGGAGGUGCUAAUCCAAAAUUCGAUGAUGAUGGACGCCAAAAAAGAAGUGGGACAAUGGUGACAGCAGCAGCACAUAUAAUUACAUCAGUCAUAGGAUCAGGAGUUCUCUCACUGGCAUGGGCAGUGGCACAGCUUGGCUGGCUUGCUGCCACCGUCUGUCUCGUCAUAUUCUCCCUCGUUACUCUGUUCACUUCCCAUCUUCUUUCGGACUGCUACCGAAAUCCGGUCACUGGCAAGAGAAAUUAUUCUUACAUGGAUGUUGUCAACUCUAAUCUCGGUGGGCUUCAAAUCCAGCUUAGUGGGAUAGCUCAGUACGGCCUUCUGUUUGGCAUAACCAUUGGUUAUACUAUCAUAACGGCUACCAGCAUCGCGGCGAUUAAGUGCGGCUCUAAGGAGGUCUGCCAUACAUCGGAAAAUUGGUUCAUGGUUAUAUAUGGGAUCAUUCAGAUUGUUCUCAGUCAAAUACCAAACUUUCACAACCUAACAUCUCUCUCCCUAAUUGCUGCUGCCAUGUCUUUUGCAUACUCUUUUAUCGGCAUUGCCCUUUCCCUGACCAAAAUAAAUCAGGGAGAUGGACACAUUGUAAGAAGUCUAACAGGCAUCCCUGUCGGGUGGAGAGGCCUGCGAAGUGAAGACAAAGUAUGGCGAAUUCUAUCAGGCAUGGGGGACAUUGCUUUUGCAUUUGCUUUCUCUCCGCUUCUCACUAAUAUCCAAGACACUCUAAAGUCGAGUCCACCCGAGAACAAAGUCAUGAAGAAAGCUACCUCACUUGCAAUCUUUGUAACAACUUUCUUCUACAUGAUGUGCGGCCUGAUUGGUUAUGCUGCAUUUGGAAACGACGCGCCAGGAAACUUGUUAACCGGAUUCAGUUCGUUCAAACCUUUCUGGAUUGUGGAUUUUGCUAAUAUCUGCAUUAUCGUGCAUCUUGUUGGAGCGUAUCAGGUAUUCUCCCAGCCAAUCUAUGCGUUCGUCGAAAGUUGGAGCAGCAGAAAAUGGCCCAAAAGUGACUUCAUUACAAGAGAAUACUCGAUCAUGAAUGGCAAAAUAUGCUUCAAUUUAUUCCGCUUAAUUUGGAGGACGUCAUUUGUGAUACUGACAACUGUAUUGGCGAUGAUCUUCCCAUUCUUUAACGACUUUGUUGGUCUUCUUGGCUCCAUAAUAUUCUGGCCAAUGACGGUUUAUUUUCCGGUAGAGAUGUAUAUUGCACAGAAGAAAAUUCCGAGAUUUUCCGGAGCCUGGAACAGACUGCAGAUGUUAAGUUUGUUUUGCUUGAUAGUGUCUCUGUUAGCUGCUGCUGGAUCCAUUCACGGUCUUAUCAUCUCUGUUAAGAAAUUCGAGCCUUUUCAUACAACGUCUUAGAUGAAAUUGGUUGUAACGGAA